AGCCGAGCCGCCCCGCCCCGAGCCGCCCCCCGGCGCCAUGGCCCGGCUGGCCGACUACUUCGUCCUGGUGGCCUACGGCCCCGACCCGCGGGGGAGCGGCCAAGGCCAAGGCCAGAUCCUGCAGCGUUUUCCGGAGAAGGAUUGGGCCGACAACCCCUUCCCCCAGGGCAUCGAGUUGUUCUGCCAGCCCAGCGGGUGGCAGCUGUGCCCCGAGCGGAGCCCGCCCACCUUCUCCGUCGCCGUCCUGACGGACAUCAACUCGGAGCGCCACUACUGCGCCUGCCUCACCUUCUGGGAGCCCGUGGAGGCGGCCCAGGCUCACGCUCAGAAUGAGGCGGAGGAGGGCCAGAGGUUGGCGCAGGGGUCCGCUCCCGGGACCCCGGCCUCCCCGCCGCAGCUGUUCGCGCCCAAGACGCUGGUGCUGGUGUCCCGGCUGGACCACUCGGAGGUGUUCAGGAACAGCCUGGGGCUCAUCUACACGGUCCACGUGGAGGGUCUGAGCACGUCCCUGGAGAACCUCGUCGGCAACCUCCUCACCUGCUUCGUCCCCAUCGCGGGGGGUGCGCAGAGGACCAUCUCCUUAGGCGUCGGCGACCGCCAGGUGAUCCAGACGCCUCUGAGCGACUCGCUGCCCGUCAGCUGUUACAGCGUCGCCCUGCUCUUCCGCCAGCUGGGCAUCACCAACGUUCUGACCCUGUUCUGCGCCUGCCUCACGGAGCACAAGAUCCUCUUCCUGUCCCGCAGCUACCAGCGCCUCACGGACGCCUGCCGUGGGCUGCUCGCCCUGCUCUUCCCGCUCAAGUACAGCUUCACCUACGUGCCCAUCCUGCCGGCCCAGCUGCUGGAGGUGCUGAGCACCCCGACCCCCUUCGUCAUCGGCGUCAACUCCGUCUUCCAGGCCGAGACUCAGGAGCUGCUGGACGUGAUCGUCGCGGACCUGGAUGGGGGGACGGUGACCGUUCCCGAGUGCGUCCACGUGCCCCCGCUCCCCGAGCCGCUGCACGGCCAGACCCACCGGGCCCUGUGCAUGGUCCUGGACCCCGAGCUGGAGCUCGCUGACCUGGCCUUCCCCCCGCCCUCCAGUUCCCCCCCGUCCCUCAAGAUGCAGGACAAGGAGCUGCGGGCGGUGUUCCUGCGCCUGUUUGCCCAGCUGCUGCAGGGUUACCGCUGGUGUCUGCACCUCGUCCGCAUCCACCCCGAGCCCGUGCUGCGUUUCCACAAGGCGGCAUUCCUGGGGCAGCGAGGCCUAGUGGAAGAUGAGUUUUUGCCCAAGGUGCUGGAGGGGAUGGCGUUCGCCGGCUUCAUCUCCGAACGCGGGGACCCGUUCCGCCCCGUCGACCUGUUCGAUGAGCUGGUGGCCCAGGAGGUGCAGCCCGUCGGGGUCGAGGAGAAGCAGCCCCAGCGCGUCCUGCGGCAUGUGAAGGAGCUGGCGGAGGCCCUGUACAAAAACGAGAAUCCUUACCCAGCGGUAGCCAUGCACAAGGUGCAGAAGCCAGCCGAGGGCUGCCACCCGCAGCGGGCGCCGCGGCCGUUCCCGCGGCUGGACGAGGGCACGGUGCAGUGGAUCAUCGACCAGGCCAGCGCCAAGCUGCAGGGCGCCCCGCCCGCCGUGCGGGUGGCGAAGAAGACCCUGGUGCCCUCUGGCCCGCCCAUCGCGGCCAUCGUGGAGCGGAAUGGCGGGUUGCAGGUCAACAACGCGCGGAGGCUCGAGGUCGUGCGCAACUGCAUCACCUUCACCUUCGAGGGCAAGAUGCUGGAGGCCAAGAAGCUGCUCCCGGCCGUGCUGCGGGCGCUGAAGGGCCGGGCCGCCCGGCGCUGCCUGACCCGCGAGCUGCACCUGCACGUGCAGCAGAACCGCUCCGUGCUGGACCACCAGCAGUUCGACUACGUCGUGCGCAUGAUCAACUCCUGCCUGCAGGACUGCGCGGCCACGGACGAACACGGCAUCGCGGCCGCCCUGCUGCCCCUGGUCACGGCCUUCUGCCGGAAGCUGAGCCCGGGCGUGACGCAGUUCGCGUACAGCUGCGUGCAGGAGCACACGGUCUGGACCACGCCCCAGUUCUGGGAGGCCAUGUUCUACGGCGACGUGCAGACCCACAUCCGUGCCCUCUACCUGGAUCCCGGCGGCAACAGCCCCGUGGCGCGGGACCACGGGGGGCCACCGGAGGAAGAGGAGGAGGAGGUGGAGGAGGAGAAGUCGGCUCUGGAGGUGGCGGCGGAGCAGCGGCGGCUGUGGCCCACGCUGACCCGGGAGAAGCAGCAGGAGCUGGUGCAGAAGGAGGAGAGCACCGUGUACAGUCAGGCCAUCCACUACGCCAACCGCAUGAGCUACCUGCUCCUGCCCCUCGACGCCAGCAAGGGCCGCCUGGCGCGCGGGACCCCGCUGGCCGACGCCGACAGCGUCAGCAACAGCCUCGUCACCAACAGCAUGGCGGGCAGCGUGGCGGAGAGCUACGACACGGAGAGCGGCUUCGAGGACGCGGAGGGCUCGGACGCGGCGGGCGCCGUCGUGAGGUUCAUCAACCGCUUCGUGGACAAGGUCUGCACCGAGAGCGGCGUCACCAGCGAGCACCUCAAGAGCCUGCACAGCAUGGUGCCAGACAUCGUCCAGAUGCACAUCGAGACGCUGGACGCCGUGCACCGAGAGAGCAAACGCCUCCCUCCCAUCCAGAAGCCCAAGCUGCUGCGCCCGAACCUGCUGCCCGGCGAGGAGUGCGUGCUCGAGGGCCUGCGGGUCUACCUGAUGCCCGACGGGCGGGAGGAAGGGGCCGGGGGCGGCGUCGGCGGGCCAGCCCUGCUGCCCGCGGAGGGCGCCAUCUUCCUCACCACCUACCGUGUCAUCUUCACCGGACUGCCCACCGACCCCCUGGCGGGGGAGCAAGGGGUGGUCCGCUCCUUCCCCGUGGCCGCGCUGACCAAGGAGAAGAAGAUCAGCGUCCAGGUGGACCAGUGCCAGCUGGACGGGCUGCGGCUGCGCUCCUGCACUUUCCAGCUGCUGAAGAUCGCUUUCGACGAGGAGGUGGGCUCCGACAGCGCCGAGACCUUCCGCAAGCACCUGCAGAAGCUGCGCUUCCCCAACCACGUCCACAACACCUUCGCCUUCAGCGCCGGCCAGCCCGCCCCCGCCCUGCAGCCCCGCUCCAAAGAGAAGAGCCCCUCCCUCAGGACGCUGUCCCGGAACCUGAUGAAGAACGCCAAGAAGACGAUGGGCCGCCAGCACGAGAGCCGCCGCAAAUACCACCCGCCCAGCCUGGGGACCCUGCUCUCCCAGCCCGCCGACGACCCGGACGACCCCAUCUCAGCGGCGGAGGAGGCGGAGCCCGGCACGCUGACCCCCGGCCCCAAGCCGUGCGACCGCCUGACCCCGAGCCACCCGGUGGACCGGGCCUGCUGCCGCGACUACCAGCGCCUGGGGCUGGGCACGCUGAGCAGCAGCCUGAGCCGCGCCAAGCACGAGCAGCCCUUCCGCCUCUCCACCGUCAACCGCAUGUACGCCGUCUGCCGCAGCUACCCGGGGGUGCUGAUCGUGCCGCAGAGCGUGCAGGACAACGCGCUGCAGAAGGUCUCGCGCUGCUACCGGCAGGGCCGCUUCCCGGUGCUGUGCUGGCGGAGCUGCCGCUCGCGCGCCGUGCUCCUGCGCUCCGGGGGGCUGCACGCCAAGGGCGUCGUCAGCCUCUUCAAGGCCCAGAACGCCCCCUCCCCAGGCCAGUCGCCGGUGGACUCCAGCAGCCAGGAGCAGGAGAGCUACCUGCAGGCCGUGGUCGGCUGCCUCACCCACCGCGGCCACGAGGCCUCCGGCCGCAACACCCUCGGCGGCUUCUCCUCCGUCCACGAUCCCUCCGAGCGGAGACCCCGGCCGGCCGGGCUGGGCUCCCUGAUGAAGCAGGUGAUGGGCGGGAAGGAGGACGGUGGCGGCGCAAGCCGUGGAGUGCCCGGCCACAGAGCCGGGGUGACCACCCUGUCUGGUCCCGUGGCCACCCCGGGCAUCAGAAGGACCAGUCCCCGAGGGAAGUGGGGCAGCAUCCGCGUGAGCGGGCGCGGCGUCGGCCCCGGCGCGGACGUGGGCUCGCGGCUGGCGGCCAAGGAGCUCCCGAGCCCCCAGCCCAACGGGGGCCCCCCCGAACCUGGCUUCCUGCACCCUCCCCGGGCCGCCCUCUACAUCAUCGGGGACAAGUCCCAGCUCAAGGGCGUGAAGCCGGACCCCCUGCAUCAGUGGGAGCUGGUCCCCAUCGAGGUGUUCGAGGUGCGGCACGUCAAAGCCAGCUUCAAGAAGCUGCUCAAAGCCUGCGUGCCCGGCUGCCCGCCCGGCUCCGCGCCCAACGAGGUCAACCCCACCUACCUGCGCUCGCUGGAGGAGUCGGAGUGGCUAGGCCAGAUCCACAAGCUUCUGCAGUUGUCCGUGCUGGUGGUGGAGCUGCUGGACUCGGGCUCCUCGGUCUUGGUCAGCCUGGAGGACGGAUGGGACAUCACCACCCAGGUGGUGUCCCUGGUGCAGCUGCUGUCGGACCCGUACUACCGCACGCUGGACGGCUUCCGCGUGCUGGUGGAGAAGGAGUGGCUGUCGUUCGGCCACCGCUUCGGCCAACGCGGCACCCACACCGUGGCCGACCAGAGCGGCGGCUUCGCCCCCGUCUUCCUGCAGUUCCUGGACUGCGUGCACCAGGUCCACCUGCAGUUCCCCAUGGAGUUUGAGUUCAGCCAGUACUACCUCAAGUUCCUCGGCUACCACCACAUGAGCCGUCGCUUCCGCACCUUCCUGCUCGACUCGGACUGCGAGCGCGUCGAGCUGGGGCUGCUGUUCGAAGAGAAGGGGGAGCGCAGGGGCCAGCCGCCGCAGCCGUCGCAGCCGUCCCAGCCGCCGCAGACCUGCCGCUCCGUGUGGGACUGCGUCGAGCGGCUGGGCCGGAAGGCGCCCGUCUUCUUCAACUACAUGUACGCGCCCGAGGAUGGCCAGGUACUCCGCCCCUACAGCAACGUGUCGAACCUCAAGGUGUGGGACUACUACACGGAAGAGACCCUGGCCGAGGGCCCCCCGUACGACUGGGAGCAGGGCCCGGGCCCCCCCGAGCUCCCCGCCGAGGACGAGCGGCCGGACGGGGCGGCCCCGCCGACCGGCAAGCGGCGGGUCGUCUGGCCCUGCUACGACAGCCGGCCCCGCGCCCAGCCCGACGCCCUGACCCACCUGCUCCAGGAGCUGCAGCGGCUGGAGAGCGAACUCGGCCGCGGGCCGGAGCGCUGGAAGGACACCUGGGACAGGGUCAAGGCCGCCCGGCAGAGCGAGGCCCGGCCCGAGGGGCGGGGCACCCCCAGCUGGAUGCUCGCGUCCAGCAUGUCCCACCACCGCCGCUCGCUGGGCAUCUACCUGCAGGAGGGGGCGGCGGCGGGGGUGGGCGGCGUCGGCGGCUCCUGCCUGAACCUCAGCCUGGACGGCGACGACGCCGGCGCCGCCUCGGCCCUGGGCGGCGGCAAGGCGGGCGCCCGCCGCGGCGCCGGCACCCUCUACAGCCAGUUCCAGAUGGUCGAGAGCGAGAACAGGUCGUACGAGGGGAUCCUGUACAAGAAGGGGGCCUUCAUGAAGGCCUGGAAACAGCGCUGGUUCGUCCUGGACAAGACCAAACACCAGCUGCGUUACUACGACCAGCGGACCGACGUGGACUGUAAGGGCUUCAUCGACCUGAGCGAGGUGGAGGCCGUGACCCCCGGCGCCCCCACCAUGGGGGCCCCCAAGAACGUGGACGAGAAGGCCUUCUUCGACCUGAAGACCACCCGGCGCGUUUACAACUUCUGUGCCCAGGACGGGGUGCAGGCUCAGCAGUGGGUGGACCGGAUCCAGAGCUGCCUGUCCGAAGUCUGACCCGCGGCCCGCGCUGGGAUCCCGGGGGGGAGGGCCGGGGUCGGGAGCCCGGCGGCCCGGCCCUCCCCCGGCGCCCCCGCGCCCGGCUCCGUCUCCACGGACCGCCGCGGGGGAGGCGGGGGAACGGCCGGCGUCCCCCGUCCGCUCAUGUUUACAAGCCCCGGCGGGGCCCCGGGCGGUCAGUAUUGUCCGGCCGAGAGCGGCCGCGUUUCGCCCCCGGCGCCCCGGGGCCCGGCGCUCGAUUCCGUACGGGAACCGGCGGCCCCCCGGGGCCGCCGCCGCGCCCAUCGAGCC